AUGCCUUCAUACAGAUUUGGCCGCCCGGCCCUCAGAGCGAGUGUCGACGUGCAGUUGCAGACGGCCUUCAGCGAUGGAAACUGGAAUGCGGUCAUCCGCCUUGCUGCAAAGCGGGCCGCUACCCUCAAGGAUCCCUAUUAUGAGGUGAUCAAGAUGUGUGCGGAGGCUCAGCUCGAUGGCACCGCUGAAAAGGUUGCCAUGCUGGCUGCCAUUGAUGAGCUUGUCAAGAACAAGAAAACGCCGGAUAUCGACACCAUAGAGCUUUAUGAGUGGGCAUGUCGAGACUUCUUCGACUACGAGGUCGAAUAUGCCGACACCCUGGGCCCCUUGAGGGUCCGCUGGGCCAAGGCCAACCCCAACAGCCCCCUGGCCAUGCAGUGUCUCCAAGCCUGUCUAGAGCGAUGGGAUCUCGUGAGCGCACAGCAGAUCGCUACAACCCUGGACAAGACCUACGCCAACCUCGCCGACCGGCGGUACAUGUUCUGGAACAUCACGCUUACCUUCCUCCUUUCAAUCAGCCCCCAGUGCACUGAUGCGAGCCGCAAGGUCUACAGCCUGUUGGCACUUAGACAGCUCGAACGGGCUGCAGAUGUUACAGAGAAUUCAUCCAAGUUGGGGCCCACAGACAGGGGACUCCUGACCGAGGAGGAGAUUUCCCUCUAUUACCGAGUUCUCUUGAGUCAUGGGACGAAGGAGGAGUAUAUCUCUCGGCUGCGGAGUUCCAAACUCGGAGCCAUCGGCCAGCUCAAGGAAGGCCGCAAGCUUUUAUUUUACGAGAGCCUGAAUGCCUUGGAGGGCUGGGCCGAGUGGGAUUUCAUCUAUAACAUGUGCCGCGAGGCAAUGAGCUUCGGAUUGGAGGGGGCUGCCUCGCCUUUCCUAGUCUGUGACUUGCAGAUAUGGAAAAGGUUUGCGUUAGCGGCUAGCAAAACGGCAGACUCGGAAGCGGCUCUCGCUGAGGUCCAGACUAUCUUGAAGAAAUACAUCGACAUCAAGGACAAAGCAAGCGAGAUGUAUAAGAAGAACCUCAGCUUGGCGCUUCUCGAGACAACUUUCCGGCUACCCGCGACAGCAUUAUAUCCGGGCCACGACAACGCAGGCUUAUCACCGAGGGUGAUCCAAAUUGGUUUGUUCUUGGACCAAUACUUUGAGAGGCUGUCCGCUUUUGACGAUAUCAAGGGCUAUGUGGCGGACCUGGGGUUCGAAGAGGCGAAGACUCUCCUGGAGGAGGUAAUACCCAAGAUCCUCGACGAGACCGCCGACAAAGCACGGAAGGUUGUGCUCAAAGUUCUGGACUGCAAGCUCCGAUAUCUUCUCUCCACAUGCCCGCAGACACUCUCAGCCCAGCCAAGCGUCACGGACGGCGAAACCAAGCCUAAGCCGUUCGAGUGUCGGCUAUGCAACAACCCUACUUCGCUUCCAUGCGAGCCCUGCCUGAGGAAGCUCACAACCGAAGCAUCAAGCGCGUACAAGCAAAUAACGGGCGACCAGGAAAUCUUAAACUCCCUUCCCCGCAUGGAUCGAGAUCCUCGCCUAGACCUCGCCCUCGUCAUGGGGAACUCUCUAUUGAAGCUUUCCGGGCUGCGGCCGCGCACUUCGGAUCAGGGGCAGUCGUUGUGGCACCUUGUUGAGCCCGGCCCGUUUCUACAGGCCGUUCUCCUUCUCGACACCCAACUGCGAGUGACACCCGGCGACACCCAGCUCCGGAUGUUGCUCGUCCAACUAUACUUGCUGCUUGGCUGUGCCUCGUACGCGUACCAGCUGUGGACUCCGCUCGACGUCAAGCGGACGAUUCAGGAUUCUCUCAGCCCCUUGUUCUUCGAUAGAAUAUCCACUCUCUCCCCUGGGCUGUUCCGGGGAACACGUCCGUUGAUGGAGCCGUUGCGAAGUUUCUACAACCACAGCCUGAUCGACAGGUCGCCGGUGCGCAUCUGGGAUGCCUUCGCUGCCGGCAGCUACACUAGCAUCCUCGACAUGGUUGAGUUUGACGGCAAUCUCCGAAGGAGCUGUACGUUGAUGACGACAUUAGUGGAGGAGCGGCGGGCGAUCAGGUGCUAUGGCGGGAAGGUCGAUUGUGAGAUUGAGGAGCAUCCACUUGCUGAAAACAUCGAUGACAGCACAACACUCGUUGCCCAAACAGACUACGGGCCGUUUGCAAAUCUUGAGAGCCUCCACGGCCCACCAAUCCACGAGUACCUCCGCCUCGGUCCAGGACUUUCUAACGAGCGUUCGCACCUAGCCUUCCUCUCCGAGCAAUACAUCGACCUUCUGUCUUACAAGCCUCCCAAAGACUAUCGGCCCUCCAAAACCAACGAGGUCGCGCUCCGUGACCGCGAGUACACUCUCGAGACGCUCUCCCGUCUGAGCAACUCCCUGGCCGACUUCCUGCACAAACCCACGACCCCUUCACGUCUCACGGCGCCAGAGUCGACAUAUUACACCGUCCUGUCCCUCCUCUCCGCCGCGCUGCUCAUUGCCCUCUCCACACCGCGCAGCGAGCCAGUUCCCGACACCCUCUCCCUCCUCACGUCAUCCAUAAAGUCCGCCUUUGGCUCCCUCCGCACAAGCUUCUUUUCUUCCCCUCCGCAACCAACACAACGCGUCCCGCCGGCCUGCCAAUCCCUCGCCGACAUGCACACUCUCUCCCACGUGCGCGAGACAGCGCUCGCCAUCAAGCACAGCGCCGCGUUUGUGCUCGCGUUCCAUGAGAAAGAGCUCUCGAGAGACAGAAGCGGACGGUCCGGGCUGCACAAGGACGUCGUUGCGGAGAUGAAGGCGUUGAACGAGCUUGCGGGGCGGGCGCUCGUUGAGGUGAAGGGCCAUGUGCUCAAGCUGAAGGAGGCGUUGGGCGAGGGGGGUUGGUUGGAUCGCUUGUUGGAUUUGGUGUUUGGAUCUGAUGAGGAACCACAUGGAGGGGAGGAGAAGGGGAAGGAGGGUGAAGUGACGCGGGCAGUGAGUGAGGUUGUUGGCGGGAGGGCGGCGGCCGAGGAGUGGGCCGGGAAGGUCAUUGAAAGUUGGCGGGAGGGCGUCAAGGGGUGGGGGAUGGUCAGGAUGGAGUGA